AUGGGAUCCAUUUGUUUAGCGAAACAGUAGAAUUUCGCUUCUCUUAAUUAAAGUAACUUAGAAGUAGCUGAGGAGUAAGCCAUUAGCGAUCAGAUGAGCACUAUGUCAUGCAAUUUGUCAUGUAAUUUUAUUUCAACUUUGGAACUUCAAUUUAAGAGUUCAUUAUAAUAAAAUCACAUUGAGCAAUAGCAGCCCAUAAAGAUGGGUUCAGACUUAUCAUAAUUGACUCAAUAGACUAUGAAGAAAGGAAUUUUAAAGAAUAAAAACAAUAAUUAUGAAUAUGAAUUAAAAAUGCUUACCAAAACUAUUAAAUUGGAUAAUGAAGGCAUGCACUGUGAAAAAUUAGUCAAUUACUUAAAAGCUCGUAAGUAUUAAGACUUAUAAGAAAUACAUUUAUGA